AAGCAUUUUUUUCCUGUGCUGUGCAUCUGCUGUAUAAAUUGAUACAGGGUGGCCGUUAUCAGCUUGUUUCACUAAUCAGACUAGUACAGGUGGAGAAAUGAAAACUGCACUGCUAUUCCUGUUUGCUGUGCUUUUCACAGCCACAAGCUGCAGCUCACGUACAAAUCCAUGUGUUUGUCUCAAGACAUUGAACGUCAAUCUUCCACCCUCAAGAGUAAAAAGUUAUUAUCUGCAGGAAGAAGGCCUCUGCCAUAUUACAGCUGUCGUAAUCACGACUAUGAAAGGACUUACAGUCUGUGCAGACCCAAAAAAGCACUGGGUUAUUAAAGCCAUGAAAUUAGUGGAUGGAAGAAAGAUGGCUUAUACCACAACAGCAAGGCCUAUGUCUACUGCUUCUGAGCGCACAGUGAAUACACAAGAGAAUUCGUCCAGCUCAUGCUGCUUGAAAAAAAAGAAAUCAGUUAAAAAUCACCACAAAAAAAAGAUUGUGGAUUGUAAAGUUCAGAGUGGUGAUCUUUGCCCCUUUGAAGCAAUCAUCAUUAGGACACAUAAAGGCCGGCAACUCUGCUUAGAUCCACAGGAAGAAUGGGUUCUUAAAAAUGUUGUGAUGAAUGGAACCAACACUUGUGAUGUGACCCUAACAACAAAGAACACCAGAAAUGAAAAAAGGGCAGGCAAAAGAAGAGUAGGUAAAAAGAGAAACGUGGAGCAAGAGAAAGGAAGUUUAGACUAAAUUACUGAUAAAAUACACUUAAAUGUAAUGCAAAGUGUUUCAGUGAGUGCUGGCACUCAGUUAUUUGAAUGCAUAUAUUGGAGGUAAUAUGUAUUCAGCUUCAAUUUAACCCUCCAAUGAAAUCCAUGUAAUCAAAUGUAUUAAAAACUUGUUUUUUUUUUUUAUAAUGUUUUAUUAGUCUGUAAAUCUAUUAACCUUGUUUUCUUCACUAUAGUGCAAACAAAAUUAGUAAUUGCAAUAUACUGUAAUGUCAGUUAAAUACACCCAUGCCUAAUAAAUACUUAAUACUUAAUACUUAA